CCAAUUGGCUGUCUACUUUUAGAAUAAUCUCUUGAUAUGGAUUAUCCGUUGCCGUUGUUAGCUGCAGAAAGUGGUAGCUUUGCCUACAAUACCAUGAAAGACAGAGUUCCACGUAUCUUACAAAAUGUAUUGAUGUAUGCCAUAAAGAGAUUUCAAAUUUUUCAAAAUCAAUUUGGCGAGGAAGGCCGGUUGGAUUGUCAAUCAGUUAUUGGGCAACUAUCUCAGCUCAGAAGUGAAAUAAUGACAGAUAAAUCUUUAACUUUGUUGGAUGAUGAAAUAGACGACUGUGAAGUUUGGAAUGCAAGAUUUGAACAAAACAGAUCUGUUCACCAGUCGCAUCCAACAUGGUUUAGUUCGCCUUGGUUGUAUGUGGAGUGCUUUAUGUACAGAAAAAUUCAGUCUGUUUUAUCAAAGAGUAACCACAUGAAAAAAUUUGAUCCAUUUUUGGAUCAAAAAAAUCUUGCUUUGUUGCAAUCACUUCCAGCCAUGAGAAACUUAGCUGCUUUUCUGGAUCAAGUUUUAAAGAUUGACCUUGGUGAUGCUAAGAUCCUUGGGUUGAGACUACAAGACUUUUUACAGGUGUCAUUAUGGGGUAACAGAUGUGACUUGUCACUAUCUGGUGGCGAGGAAAGCUCACAGACCACAGAUCCUCAUAAGAAUCUCACAACACUAAGCGAGUUCUUGCUUGUUGAUUGUUCCAAGAAAGUUUUCGAUUAUCUUUAUAUAAUAAAUCAAGAUAAGAAGACGGAUAAAGUUGUCGAUAUCAUUUUGGACAACUCUGGUUUUGAGUUAUUCACAGAUCUGAUUUUAGCAGAAUUUUUGCUUGCAUCGAAGUUGGCAACAAAAAUUCGAUUUCAUCCAAAGCGAUUUCCAUGGUUUGUAUCAGAUGUCACUCCACAGGAUUUUCUUGAUACAAUAGAUAUACUUGGGAAAGACAGUAGUCAGGUUCUUGGUGAUUUUGCUUUGCGGUGGAAAGAAAGACUACAGGACGAAACAUUCACUUUAAUCACUGAUGAAAACUUAACAUCGUUUUGGACUCUCCCAGAUCCAUUUUACUUGAUGAAGAAUGUUUCUCCGUCUUUACUACAACUUCUGGAAACUUCCAAACUACUUAUUUUCAAGGGCGACUUGAAUUACAGAAAGCUCGUCAGUGACUUAAAGUGGUUACAUGAAACAUCUUUUGUUAAGGCAUUGCGUGGAUUCACGUCCACCCCACUCUGUUCGCUACGUACACUAAAAGCUGAAGUAGUAGUCGGCUUACCAACUGGUGUUGCCGAGUCUAUAGCUAAAUGUGAUGCUGAUUGGAUGGUCACUGGCAAAUACGCAGUUAUACAAUCAAACAUUUAAUAUUUUUUCCAAAUUGGGUAAUACUGCUUUAUUAUUGCUAUAAAUUAGAAUAAUCUUUGUGACAACAAGUCCAGAUAAUUCAGAAAUAUAUUAAUAGAAGGUUUUCUGCCUACAAUUCCUUACAAGGAGAAUUAAAUAAACAUAUUACAAAAAUUAAAUACCACAACUUGCAUAGAGAUUUACAAAUAAAUUAAUCUUGUUCAUCGAACUUCUAUGAUCACUUUACCCACAGAUUUCCGAGCUUUAAUAAAUUCGAAAGCUUUG